AUGCCUUACCUUUUUGAAGAUGACAUUGGUGAACUACCAUUGGAUGCCGAGCUUAGCUCAAGAAUGGUUCCAGUGCGUAAAGACGGCAAUGACUUGAUUUACCGAAACCGUGCUGUACCUGACAAACUUAUUGAAGGGUUGCAUCCAUCUCUCGGGACAUACAAUGAUAUGUUCAAUCGAGCAGUCGAACUCAACAAGCACAAGCCUUGCCUUAGUUACCGACCAUACAAUUAUGCUCAAAAAAGGUCCCAGCAAAAUUACGUGUCUCUCUCUUAUGUCGAGGUAAACGAAAGGAGACUUGCGAUUGGCUCAGGAAUCUUGGAGUGUUUGCUGAAUGUUAUCCCCGAAGCGAUUCAAAAUCAUGUCAAGAACUACAAGGCUUAUAAUGCAAGAACGUUCUCCCCUAUGGUGUCGAUUUACUCGGCCAACAGGCACGAAUGGUUACUAACUGAUUUGGCUUGUCAUGCUUUUUCCUUGACUAACACCGCUUGUUACGAUAAUUUGGGUGACGAUGUGACUGCCCAUAUCUUAAGCAUAACCGACUCUCCAAUUGUAUUCUGCCUGGGAGAUAAGGUAGAAAAGUUAGGUCGGUUUAGUAAGUUAGAGAACUUUCCUGUCAAGGUUAUUGUGUCAUUCGAUCCUGUUCCAGCUGCAAUAAAAUCUUCAUUGAAGCAGCUAGGUCUUCAGAUUCUCGAGUUUUUUGAAUUAGAGGAGUUAGGAAGGAAAUCUAGCCAUCACCCGUUGCCACCGCAUCCUGAAACGCUUUUUACGAUUUCCUUCACGUCAGGUACGACGGGCGCAAUGCCGAAAGGUGUUGUGCUAAACCAUAAGGCGGCUGUAUGUGCAAUGUGUUAUUUGAUGAUUGGGCAGCCUUAUAUCGAAAAUGGCAAGACCUUUGCCUUCCUACCCUUGACACAUCUUUACGAACGGGAGACGAGCGCGUAUGCGUUGUGUCGUGGAUAUAAUAUAGGUCUCCCAGACAUAGCCUAUGACCGGGCGCCAUAUAAUCCUUUUGAUCAAUUGCUCGAAGAUCUUAAACUUUUUAAGCCCCACUACAUUUCGCUUUCUUUGAUAAAGUCACAUAUCAGCCAACUUUCCGAGAAAGAAGCUGUCAACCGCGUUAUCGACGAAAAAUGCGUCCAACAAAGUAAGGAGGAUUUUAGCAGAGGCGACCAAUUUUUACUAAAGGCUUGGAAAGAAUUGCGGAAGCUCGUGGGUUUUGACAACUUGAAAUGGAUUCAAGUUGCUUCAGCCCCCACCAACAAGUAUACUCUUCAGUACUUGAAAGCAUCUCUUGAUAUUGGUGUGACUCAGAUGUACGGCCUCACUGAAACUUUUGGUGCUAUGACUCAAAGUUUGUUGUAUGAGGCUGAGCCAGGUUCGUGUGGUGUAGGCGGACCAUCGGUAGAGUUCAAACUUCAUGACAGGCCUGAGAUGGGUUAUUUUGUGGCUGAUCAUAAGGGUGAAUUACUUGUACGUGGCCCUCAAGUCUUCCGAUCAUACUACAAGAAUCCUGAGGCAACUGCAAAAGACAUCGACAAGGAUGGUUGGUUCUCCACUGGAGAUGUGGUCGAAUUAAGAGACGGAAGGCUAUACGUUAUUGACCGUGUGAAGAACUUCUUCAAACUUGCUCAUGGGGAAUAUAUCUCGCCCGAAAGGAUUGAAAAUUUAUAUCUAUCCAAGAAUCCCUUCAUUCUGCAAGUAUACGUACAUGGGCAUCCAUCUAAGGAUUAUACCAUUGCAAUAGUGGGUAUCAAUGAGGCAUUCGGAUGCGACUUCAUUCAACGGGCAGGGGCAAGGAAUGAGGACAUGAUACAUGAGAUUAAUAAGCCAAAGCACAAGAAAAAGCUUUUAGCACUCAUGAAUCGAAAUGUUGCAAGUUUCACAAAUGGGGUUGAAAGAGCCCGCAAUGUGUUUUUCGAUGUCAAUCCACUCACGGUUGAACGUAAUGUGGUUACACCUACUAUGAAAUUGAAAAGGGCGCUAGCAUCUAAAUUUUUCAAUGAUAUUAUCACCAACCUCUAUAACGAAGGUCCACUUGAUCCAACGAGCAGGUUAUAG